UGUCAAAACUAAAGAAAACUUAAAAUGUCAAAUUGACAAAAAUUCAUAACUUGCAAAUGCAUGUAAAUAAACGUUUUUUUUCUUGGUAAUUCGUUAUCGAAAUCCAAAACGUACAACUUUUAAUAAAAAUGGGAAAAGAGAAAUCUAAAUCUAAAAAGAAACGGAGAUCUUCUGAUGAUAGUUCUGGUAGUACAUCUAGCAGCUCGGAUUCAAGUCAGGAAAAGAAGAAACUUCGGAAGCUCAAAAAGAAAUUAAAGAGAGAAAAAAAGAAAACCGAAAAGGCUUUAAAAAAGAAGUUGAAGGAAGAGAUAAAAAAAUUAAAGAAAACUCGUCGGAGCUCUAGUCGAAGUAUUGAUGGCGGUAAAGAUGAAGUUUCCAGUGAUAUUCCUAUUGAAUUAAUGGAGAAAUCUAAGGCAAUGGCACCAAUGACAAAGGAAGAAUGGGAGAAGAAACAGAGUGUUGUAAGAAGAGUGCUAGAUGAAGAAACUGGACGUUACAGAUUAAUAAAAGGAGAUGGAGAGGUAUUAGAAGAAAUUGUAUCAAGAGAUCGGCAUAAACAGAUAAAUCGGGAAGCUACUGCUGCUGAUGGAAAUUUCUUUCAGAAGCAAACAGUUGAUAAACAAUUCUUUAAAUAGUCUACAAUUGAAUGCUGUAAAUUGUUAAAGAAUAAAAAUACCCAUGUUUUUAAAAGUUAAGUCUACAAAUUCUAGAUAUGUUUUUGUUGCACAAAACAUCUAUUAAAGAAUUGAAUUUA